UUCCCUCGUUUCUCCCGUCUUCAAUCGAAACCUCCUUGGCUUUCCUUCUUUCCCAAUUCAUUCAAAUUCUCAACUUUCAGAGGUUGCCAAAGUUGAAACACUCUUAAAAUUAUUUGGGUUUUUCAAGAAACUAAACAUUGGUUGCUUUUAUUGGGGAGAAAAUACUGGGAAAAUCACUGUUUCCAGAUGCGUAAUUAUAGUGAAUUAUGCAUUUUCCAUGAAGAGCAAUUGAUCCCUUUCUUGUCUUGAGAUUUCUCUCUCUAACCUUUGAAGACACGUGGGAAUUUAUUUAAUGCGACACAGUUUUCAGCCAAUUUUGGCGAUGAAUUUUGUGUUAGAUGAGAUUGAAUCUUAAUUGGGUUUUUCGAACUUGGGGAUUCGUAGUGAAUGGAGUUCAGGCAUAGGCAGGUUCUCUUACAAUUUUCUGAGAAUUUAAUGGUGGUUUCUGAAUUUGGUGAACUGGGGUAAAGAAUAGAUGUUUAAUUACGUUGAGUCGUUUAUUGUUUAAUUGGAGUUAUCUGUUAUCUACAUUGAGUUCCACUCCGAUUUUAGAUUCAGAGGAACUGAUGUGAAGAGAUGAGCUCGGUUGCUUGAUUUGUUGGAGAUUAGAAGGCUACAGAUUUUGGUUUCUGCUAAAUUGCUGGUGGUUUUUUCAUUUUUCUGGUGAAAGUAUUUUCUCUCUUUCUGGUUUGAUUGGUUGAUAUUUGGUUCAAGAAAAAAGUGCAUUGCCUCUAUUUGGACGAGAUUUUUGUGGAAUUCAUCAUGUACAUCGAAGACCUAGAUGCAAAGAGAGCAUUGGUAGGAGCAGGGGCUCGAGUUCUAUUCUAUCCAACAUUGCUUUAUAAUGUUAUUCGUAAUAAACUUCAGUCUGGAUUUCACUGGUGGGAUGAAGUUGAUCAGUAUCUUUUGCUAGGUGCCGUUCCAUUUCCUAAAGAUGUACCACAUUUGAAGGAGCUUGGUGUUCAGGGGGUCAUCACACUCAAUGAGCCAUACGAAACAUUGGUUCCUACGUCCUUGUACCGAGCUCAUGGCAUUGAUCACCUGGUAAUUCCAACGAGGGACUACCUCUUUGCCCCUUCUUUUGGUGAUAUCCGCCGUGCUGUGGACUUUAUUCAGAGGAAUGCAUCCUGCGGUCGCACCACAUAUGUGCACUGUAAAGCCGGACGUGGACGUAGCACCACCAUUGUCCUCUGCUAUUUGGUUGAAAGUAAGCAGAUGACUCCAACAGCUGCUCUAGAAUAUGUGAGAUCAAGUAGACCUCGGGUCCUAUUAGCCCCUUCUCAAUGGAGGGCCGUUAUAGAAUUUGAUAGACACCGAUUUGGAUGCCCAUCCUUUCCAAUACAGUCUCCACCAUGCACAUUUGACGAGACCUCGAUAGUCAUUGUCACAAAUGCUGAUCUCGAGGGCUAUAUUAGAAGUGCUGGCUCUGAUCUUGAAGGCAAGAAGGGAACAAGCAUGGUAUAUCGGGUUCAAGUAGCCACAACCAGGACAGUGAUGGGGGUGGCUAGGGCAUCAGUGGCCCUUGUGAGAUUUUCCUGCAUAUGGCUCGGGUGCCAUGCUCAGCACAGAAUUUUUGGUGGAAAAAUAGGUGAGGCUACGAUGCCUUUGGAAGUUGGUGAUGGUUGCUCGCCAGUCAUCAGGGAAGGGUUAAUGGCGGUGACAGUGGAUGUUACUGUGUGCUAGUCUCUCUCUCUCUAUAUAAUGUUCUUGUAAUGUUAACAUCUCUCUGUCGAGACACUGGCUUGGAAGAGUCCAUGGUUCUCAGUCUGAGAAAUCCAGAAGCUCAUACUGCUAAUAUAUGGAGGUUGUACAUAACACAGGCACACCUCUUUCUCUCUCUCUCUCUCUCUCUCUCUCUCUCUCUCUCUCUCUCUCAUGCACACACACACAUCAGUGUAAUGUUAGCAUAUCUAAGAUAAUUUAUGCAUAAUUAUAUUA